AUGGCUCUUAAUGGAAGUUCAUGGCUUUAUUUUUUAAAUCCCGCCAAAAAAAUGGCUGAUGGCUUCGUACAUUUUGUUCUAUACAUAAAGUUUGAUUGUUAUUGCACUGUUUAUUUUUUGGCAAGUUUUUUUUCACCUUUCAAGAUAUUCAAGUUCAACAUUAAAGCAUCUAAUUGUGAAAGAAGGGAAGGUAUGGUUAGUAUGUGUUCCAACAGAUUCGUAAAAUUGUGUAUAGGCUCUGAAGGUUGUAUUUUGUCUUUCGGAUAUAGUUCACGGACCGGACCGAUUUCGGAUCUCGAGACUGUAAACCCUUUUUCGAUGUUAGAAGAAAGCCUAACUCCAAAUUCCGGAGAUUUUUCCGCAUUCAAUCCGUUCAUUCUUUGA